UACAUAUAUAUUCACCCCCAUGAAUGGAAAAUCUUGGUUUGGUUCUCUCUCUAGACUUUCCUUUUCUCUCUCUUCCGUUUACGCCAAUGAAGGGGACCAGAACCACCCAACACAUCUUCAUCCCCCUUAAUUCCCACUCCAUUUCCAUCACAUGACGACAGUCUUCGCCGCUGCCGUAAUCAUCGCCCUCAUCGCCGUCACAUCUCCGCUGGUUCCAGUCCAUGGCCUCGGCGGCUCGGCCUCCACCUUCGCCGUCGUCUACGGCUCCGCCACCGUCUGCGGCAUCGUCGCCGAACAGCAGAACCAGCGAAUCCAAUGCUGGCAAAACAACCAACUCAUCAACAUCCUACCCAAUAUCUCCUUCGACUACAUCGCCGGCGGCCAAGACAAUUUCUGCGGCGUGAGGUCCGGCGGCUUCAGCCUUCUCUGCUGGAACCCUAGCUUCGUCCCCAAAAGGGUUUACUACAACGAUUCUGUGCUAUUACAAGACCUCACUUUCGGGGACGAUCAAAUUUGUGCUCUGACGAACGGUACUCAAAACGUUCGGUGCUGGAGAGGAGAGACAAAAAUCUCAACCCAAUUGCCAGAUGGGUCUGAUCAAUUUCGGUCAAUCUCAUCUGGGUUAGGGUUUUCGUGCGGAGUUAUGAAGAAUUCCGGCAGGGUCACCUGUUGGGGAAGCGAUUCAGCAAUGGCGACUCUUAUUGAAACUCAAUAUGCCAAUGUGUCUAUGUCAGAUAUUGUUGUUGGAGGCAGUCAGGCCUGUGGAUUGAAUCUAACUGGGUUUGUGGUCUGUAAAGGUAACAAUGACUCUGGACAAUUGGCUUUUCCAUCCAAUUCAGCACACGAGUACUCUGGUUUUGCUCUUGGGACCAAUCACAGUUGCGCCAUUCGGAAAUCAAACAACUCGGUGGUUUGCCAUGGCCGCGACGGAGCGUUUUCGAGCAAUUUGAUAGAGGGUGUUUCCUUCGAAUCAAUUGUUGCAGGGUUGGAUUUCACUUGUGGAUUGACUACAAGUAAUUUUUCCAUAAUUUGUUGGGGACCUGGUUGGCCUAGCAAUUCAUCUUCAGGGGUUGAACUUCCAUUGCCAAAGAUACUUCCAGGGCCUUGUGUUCAAUCUACAUGUAGUGAUUGUGGUAUAUACCCUCAGUCUCAAACACUUUGUUCUGGUUCUGGUAACAUAUGUAGACCUUGUGGCAUAAACAUUUCAAUGCCACCAACUUCACCACCAACAGUGACACCACCACCAACAGUCACUCCCACUCCAUCACCACCCUCCAAGGGUUUGACAAAGGGUUUGUUAGCUUUUGCCAUAGUUGGAUCAGUUGGGGCCUUUUCAGGUAUCUGCACCAUCAUUUACUGCUUGUGGACUGGUGUUUGUUGUGGGAACAAAAGAAUUCACAAUUCUGUGCAACCAACAAUUACUGUGUCUAAUUCAAAUAAUGGGCAAGCAUCAAACAACAGCCCACCUUCCAGGUGUUCGACUAUUAGGCGACAGGGUUCGAGAGCGAUGAGGCGGCAGAGAAGCGGAACCUCCUCUAAACACGCCGACAGAGCAGAGGAGUUUUCGUUUUUAGACCUGGCUGCGGCCACCAACAACUUCUCGCUCGAAAACAAGCUCGGUGCAGGCAGCUUUGGGAUUGUUUACCAGGGGAAAUUGUGGGAUGGUCGCGAAGUCGCCAUUAAAAGGGGAGAGACAGGUGCGAAGACAAAGAAGUUUCAAGAGAAAGAGAGUGCUUUUGAAUCAGAAUUGGCGUUUUUGUCAAGACUACAUCACAAACACUUGGUGAGGCUUGUUGGUUAUUGCGAAGAGAGGGAUGAGAGGCUCUUGGUUUACGAGUACAUGAAGAAUGGAGCUUUGUAUGAUCAUUUACAUGACAAGAACAAUGUGGAGAAGAGUUGCAGUGUGUUGAAUUCUUGGAAAAUGAGGAUCAAAAUCUCAUUAGACGCAGCUCGUGGGAUCGAGUACCUUCACAACUAUGCAGUUCCACCGAUCAUUCAUCGCGACAUCAAGUCGUCAAACAUUUUGCUGGAUGCAAAUUGGACUGCAAGAGUAUCUGAUUUUGGAUUAUCAUUGAUGGGUCCCGAGUCUGAUCAAGAUUACAGGCCAAUGAAAGCAGCUGGGACAGUUGGAUAUAUUGAUCCAGAGUACUAUGGCUUAAAUGUUCUAACAGCAAAGAGUGAUGUGUAUGGACUUGGAGUGGUAUUGCUUGAACUUUUAACUGGAAAAAGAGCCAUAUUUAAGAGUGGUGAAAGUGGAGGAGCACCCAUUAGUGUGGUGGAUUUUGCAGUGCCGGUGAUUAUGGCCGGCGAGAUAGGGAAGAUUUUGGACCAAAGGGUAGGGCCACUUGAGCCAAAUGAGGCGGAGGCGGUGGAGCUGGUGGCGUACACAGCGAUGCAUUGUGUGAAUUUGGAGGGGAAAGAUAGACCGACUAUGACUGACAUUGUUGCUAAUUUGGAGCGAGCAUUGGCUCUAUGUGAUGACAGCCAUGGCAGCAUCUCUAGUGGUCCAAUCUCCAUUGUUUCAGAAUAAAUUCCACUCUCCAUCCACGCACAAAAAAAAAAAAA